AUGGAAAAAAUCAAUCUGAGAGAGGCAGGAGAACGGUUGCGACGGUACGCCGAUAAGGAACUAGGCCUGUUAGAAUCACUAAAAGAAAAAGAACUGCAGAAUCAAAGAAUGCAGGCUGAAAUUGACGCGAAAUCUAUGGAAAUCAAUCAAUCAGAGAUACACGAGAGAAUUGCUGAAGAAACCUUCAUUGAGUCAAUGUAUUACUUGGAGUUGCAACAGGUCAAUCAUGUUAAAAAUUCUUUGGGCAGGAUCUUGGACUACAUUCUAAUUGACAACAUCGAAACUCACUCAGUUGACCAAAGCAACCAUCCUUUGGUCAAGUGCGAUCCUUACCAUCCAGCCCUCGAGCUUACCCUUGACACUGGUGUGACGGAAAUAGUGAGAGAUAACUGUUGA